GCGGGCGGGCGGGCGGGCUGAGGGGGUGAGGGCGGAAGCAGCGAUGCUGCUGUUCUGCCCGGCCUGCGGGAACGUGCUGGUGGCCGAGGAGGGGCCGCGCUGCCACCGCUUCGCCUGCACCACCUGUCCCUACGUGCGCAAUGUCACACGGAAGGUGACGAGCAGGAAAUACCCGCGGCUGAAGGAGGUGGACGACGUGCUGGGCGGAGCGGCGGCCUGGGAGAACGUGGAUUCCACCGCAGAGCCGUGCCCCAAGUGCGAGCACCCCCGAGCCUACUUCAUGCAGAUCCAGACCCGCUCGGCCGACGAGCCCAUGACCACCUUCUACAAGUGCUGCAACGCGCAGUGCGGGCACCGCUGGCGGGACUGAGGGAAUCCCGGGCCUGGGGGUUCCCUUCCCGGCAAAGCUGAGGGGAGAGACAUGGUCUGGGCCCAGCUCCCCCCCUCCCCCGAGCACCCUUCCCGCGGUGUCUGCUGCAAUAAACACCCCCUGGGAGGA